AUGGCGCUGCGCGCAGCCGUCUUUGACCUUGAUGGAGUGCUGGCGCUGCCCACGGUCGCCAGCGCCCUCGGCCACACCGAGGAGGCCCUGGGGCUGCCCAGAGACUUUCUGAGUGAAGCUUUCUGGAAAGGAGGCCCAGAUGGAUCCAGUGGCCGCCUCAUGAGGGGACAGAUCACAUUUUCCCAGUGGGUACCACUCAUGGAAGAAGACUGCAGAAAAGCCUCCGAGGCCUCUGGAAUACGCCUUCCUGAGAAUUUCUCUAUAAAUCAAAUCUUUGCCAAGGCAGUUGCAGCAAGAAAGAUCAACCACCCCAUGCUUCAGGCAGCUCUCACUCUCAAAAAGAAGGGAUUUACAACCUGCAUCCUCACCAACAACUGGAUGGAUGACAGUGCUGAGAGGGGCAGCCUCGCCCAGCUGAUGUGUGAGCUGAGACCACACUUUGACUUCCUGAUAGAGUCAUGUCAGAUUGGAAUGGCUAAGCCUGAGCCUCAGGUCUACAAGUUCAUGUUGGACACCCUGAAGGCCAGCCCCAAUGAGGUUGUUUACUUAGAUAACACCGGAGCUUAUCUGAAGCCAGCCCGUGACUUGGGAAUAGUCACCAUCCUUGUCCACGACACAGACAUGGCCCUCAGAGAACUGGAGAAAGUAACUGGGAUAGAGCUCUGCAAUACUGCAGCCCCUCUGCCAGCCUCCUGCAAUCCAAGUGACCUGAGCCACGGAUAUGUGACCAUAAAGCCUGGAGUCCAAUUGCAUUUUGUGGAGCUGGGGUCAGGCCCUGUUGUGUGCCUCUGCCAUGGAUUUCCUGAGAGCUGGUUCUCUUGGAGGUACCAGAUCCCUGCUCUGGCCCAGGCAGGUUACCGGGUGCUAGCUGUGGACAUGAAGGGCUAUGGAGAUUCAUCUGCUCCCCCCGAAAUAGAAGAAUAUGCCAUGGAAAUAUUAUGCAAGGACAUGGUAACUUUCCUGGACAAGUUGGGCAUCUCUCAAGCAGUGUUCAUUGGCCACGACUGGGGAGGCAUGCUGGUGUGGAACAUGGCUCUCUUCUACCCUGAGAGAGUGAGGGCAGUGGCCAGUUUGAAUACUCCCUUCAUGCCAGCGAAUCCCAAGGUGUCCCCCAUGGAGUUUAUCAAAGCCAACCCCGUCUUCAGUUACCAGCUCUACUUCCAGGAGCCAGGAGUGGCUGAGGCUGAACUUGAACGGAAUCUGAGUCGGACUUUCAAAAGCUUCUUCAGAGCAAAUGACGAGGGUUUUAUGAGCACAAGUAGAAUCCUUGAAAAGGGAGGACUCUUGGUGGGGACCCCAGAAGAGCCCAACCUCAGCAGAAUGGUGACUGAGGAGGAAAUCCAGUUCUAUGUGCAGCAGUUCAAGAAGUCUGGUUUCAGGGGACCCCUAAACUGGUAUCGAAACAUAGAAAGGAACUGGAAAUGGGGCUGCAAAGGCAUGGGACGGAAGAUCCUGAUUCCAGCCCUGAUGGUAACUGCAGAGAAGGACCAAGUGCUGGUUCCUCAGCUCUCCAAGCACAUGGAGGACUGGAUCCCCCACCUGAAAAGAGGACACAUUAAGGAUUGUGGGCACUGGACACAGAUAGACAAGCCCACCGAGUUGAAUCAGAUCCUCACUGAGUGGUUGGAGACUGAAGUCAGGAACCCACUGGUGGUCUCGAAGAUUUAGUACGUGGCAGGUGCCACCCUUGGCAGGAACUCUCAUGUUUCUGUCCACUGGGAGCCACCCUUGGUGCCAGCUGUGGCCUUACCUGCUGCUCUCGUAACCAGAAGCAUUGCUCUGAAGGAGUUUGCAAAACGAGUGAUUUUCUUUACAUGAAGUGAUUGACAUUUGACAUAAUUUUAGAUCCAGGAGAAAUCAUGUGAUUAAUUCUCUGGGUAUACAUGCAUCACUUCUUUAUCCCUAAGAAUGGUUCGUGUCUUGUUGGGGGACAUGUGGAGACACUUAGGCAGUGAUUUCCUUCUCAUCAGCCCGAAGUUUUGCAGCAAAAUCAGUAGUUCCAUUUGAAAUAUCUUGGCAGAGAUUAGGACCCUUGAUUCAAUAAAGCUAAGACAACUGCC